AUGCUGAAUAAAUUAAUGGCUAAAUAACUUUUGAGGGGCACCUUUUAUGGCUAAUAUAGAGCAGCUUACUUUGGCUCCCUUAAUCAUCAGGUUAUAGAUCAAGCCAUUCAUGAACCUGCUAAGGUAAACUGGUCUCAAUUCUUCACCCAGGUGAAGCCAGCUGAUGUUUCUGACACUGAUGUUAACACUGUGGGAAAACUCCUGACUGCUCUCGCUUCAUCAUCAGAUCAUACAGAGGCAUAAAAUCAAUAAGAACUAUAUUUCGCCGUUGAUGAGUACUUCAGAAAGCAAUUUAGAAAGUUAGAUUCUAAGACAGCAGUGCAGAUUCUAUUGAACCUAAGCAAGCUUGAUCAACCAAGAAUCACUUAUUUAGAAACUAGUUUCUGGGUAUGGGAGACUUUAGAUGAAGCACUUAGACCAGUUGUUGAUAGCUUGAACUCUGAAGAUCUGCAUCAAGUAAGCAGAGUGCUUGCUUUUAACCUUAAAGGUUCUCAAGAUCUCUGGGAUGAAUUGGAUAAAAGAAGAUAUCUACUACAUGCUAAAUUAUUUUGA